AUGGCAAAAAGGGCAUCCAAGUGCUACUACAAAAUUUUGCGGGGUUUUAUACAGGACUAUAAUUUUGGGAAUAUCCAGCCUGUCUUUGCGUCAUUUAUUAAGAGAUAUGGUUUAAUUAAACCUACACUAGGCAAGAUGUUGGUGCAUUACUUGUGUAUGGAGAACAAUGUAGAUGGUGCCCUUAUACUCAUUAAUGAGUUGAACAAAAAUCAUUUUAAGGUAAAUUUUCCUGUUGAUGUUAUUGGGAUGCUUACAGCACAAGGAAGACCUUUGGAUGCAUACAGACUUGUUAUGGGUGCCCAAAAUGAUCUUUCGAGUAUGAAUGUGGUUGACUACUCAGUCCUUGUUGAUGGACUCUGCAAAGAAGGGUACAUUGAUAAGGCCUUAGAACUAUGUAAUUUUGCCAGGAAGAUGGGAGUUAGACUUAAUGUAGUCACUUAUAACUCACUUUUCAAUGGGCUAUGUCGUCAAAAUUGUCUCAUCGAGGCUUUUCGGUUGUUUGAUUCAUUGGAGAUGAAUAAAAUAAUUCCUUCUGAUGUUACUUAUGGUACACUAAUCGAUGCUUUGGUUAGAGAAGGCUAUUUGUUGGAUGCUCGGCAAUUGUUUGAGAGAAUGAUCAUCAAGGAUAUAAAACCAAAUACCCAUAUUUACAAUACUCUAAUUGAUGGAUACUGUAAAUUUGGGAAUGUGGAAGAAGCAUUGGGGCUUCUAUAUGAUUUGGAGAACCACUCUCUUAAGCCUGAAAAAUUCACCAUAAGUGCUGUGAUUUAUGGCUUUUCCUCUGAGGGAAACAUGGAGGGUGCACUUCAAUUUUUCAUCGAUAUGAAGGGAAAUGGCAUUUCCCCUGACUUCUUAGGCUUCUUAUAUUUAGUAAGGGGCCUAUGUGCGAAGGGUAGAAUGGAAGAGGCACGGAGUGUUGUAAGAGAAAUGCUUAAAGAUGAAUCUGUUCUUGAGUUGUUAGCUAGAGUAAAUAGCGAGAUUGAAACAGAAUCUGUAGAGACCUUUCUAGUUGACCUGUGUGAACAGGGUAGCAUUCAGAAUGCUCUUAUCAUUCUCAAUGAAAUUGGAUCAAUGUUUUUUCCUUACAAGAGAGCUUCUGCUUCUAGUUUACUUAAACCUAUGGCGUCUUGUGAGGAAGAUAUAGAGACAAUCUCUCCUAAUCCUCUUCCCUCCGUCCAUCAAAUGGACUUUGAUGCUUUGUACUCGAAAAUGACAUCUCUUUGCUCUCUAGGUGAUCUCCAAGGUGCUACUGCUUUGGCAAAAGCUAUGAUAUCUGAUUUUCCGAAAAAAUGA